AUGGAUAGGGCAUCAAUUAGGUGUUUAUGGGUUGUGCUGUUAGUUUCCAUGGCAAUUGUUGGGCUGAAAGGUGAGCCUGACUUGAACAACGGCACCGCUCAAACUCAAGGAAAAGCUCCCUCUUUAGCUAUUGCUCAACUUCCUCGAGGCAAUGCAGUUAAAAGCAACGAGAGUACUUCUUACAAUGAAGUUGAGGUCAACAACAGAGACGUAUAUUAUAGAGGAGGCCACGGCGGUGGCAGCAGUAGCGGAGGUGGAGGUGGUGGCGGCAGCGGUGGUGGGUGGGGAUGGGGAGGAGGAGGAGGAGGGGGUGGAUGGUGGAAAUGGGGAUGUGGGGGACAGCCAAAAGGGGGAAAAGGAAGAGGAGGAGGACAUAACCAUAACAUUAACCGCCACCACAUAUACGGGAAUAGAUUCAGCAAGAAUGACUAUAAACUAGGAGAGUUUGCGCAAUGCACGAGACGAGGGCGUUGCAGAGGCAUGAGAUUAGAUUGCCCACUUCACUGUGGUGGACCUUGCUUAUACGACUGUCAGUACAUGUGCAAAGCCGACUGUCAUCAUUCUCCAAUUCACUACUAAUUUACGCUAACAUUCUGAUAGAGUCCAGUAGGAAAUUGAAACGGAAAACUGAGAGUGUAUUGAUAUUUUUCUGAGAAAAGAAAGCAAUACAGACUCUCAGCUUACAUGCUUUGCACACCUAGCGUAGGUGAAACGGAUCA